UAACAUAACCUCAAUGUUUCCGUACUCUGCAAGUGUUUGCACAGCUUUUAUUUUAGAGUAGUAACAGAAUCUCUGAGUUAUUAUGACUAGGAAUAUGGGUGAUGUGCUAUUGGAAUUGAAGCGAAUUGGAUGUUGUAGUCGCUGCUGUUUACGUUUUUUGGGAGAAAAAUUUUCUAAUUUUGAAGAACCGGAGAAAUCCUUAAAAGAUUUAAUGCCAUCGUUGGAGGUAGAAGACAUAAAAAUUCAGUGUUCUCCAUGUAUUGCUUGUUUAGGUCUUUUAGAGAAUACUGUUUUAGAGCAAUUGUUCAGGCUCUCUUGUUGGCACGAUAUCAAAGAUCAUGAAACUGAUGUAUAUAAAAUAAACUUCCAUCUACCACCGAACAUAGCUAUAAGAGAGAAAGCUAUACAAUUACAUAUCAAGCAGAAAUUUGGGGACUUUUUUAAAGAACAUAAUUUGGAGGAGAACACACCACAUAUUAAUGUUAUUUUCAAACAAGCCUUCAAGUCCAAUAUAGAUAAAUACUGUGGAAAAAAAUAUGAUAGUCAAAGCACCUAUCAGCUAUGGGUUACAGUACAUCAUGAAGAUAAUGAAAAGGAAGUGAAAAUAUUGGAACUCUUGGAUUCUUUCACUUACAGAAAAAGAAAAUACUUGGGAGAUAAAAUUUACAGCAAGAAUGCUGUCAGUAAUACUUUGUCAACCUGUGAUGAAAAGCUCUUUUUGAAGUCUUUCGAAGUACCACCUCGUAUUCCUGUUUCUCCAAUCCGUAUUGAUUCUGAAGUGAAAGUUGAAACGUUACCAAUCUUUUUCUGUGGAAGAUAUUGUAAAUAUUCCCGAUUAUUGAGUCAAACUCCUUGGAAUCUAGAAACUUCAUCUACAGAUAAAGAAGAAGAAAAUAUAAUAGAGGCAGAAAAUGAGUCUUCAAUCAAUUCUUUCAUCCAUUGUGUUCAGGAUAUAAUAUUUGAUGGAAUUCACGAGGUCUUUGGAUUUGACAAAGAAAAAAUGACUUUCACUGCGAGUGGACGGGAAGAUACUGAUGUAAGGUGUCUAGGAAGUGGAAGACCAUUUUAUGUCAAAAUUGACUGUAUAAAGAAAAACUUUCCACCAGAAAUGUUCAGAAAAUUAGAAGAAAUUGUAAAUAAGUCCCCAGAUAUUUCAAUUUUUGAUAUGCAGAUUACUGACAGGAAUGGAACGAAGGAAGUGAAGUUCGGAGAAGAAAAGAAAAAAAAGACCUAUAGCGUCUUAUGCUUGAUAAGAGACUGUAGUUGUACUGAAGAAAUUGUGGAAAAAAUAAAUCAAUUAGGUUGUAAAAAUCUAACAAUAGAACAAAUGACACCAAUCCGUGUGGCACAUCGAAGAUCACUGAUUGCUAGGAAGAAGAAUAUUCAUUUUAUGAAAGCCGUCAGUAUAAAAGGUCAUCAGAGCCUUAUUCAUUUGACGAUGCAGACACAAGCGGGAACUUAUGUCAAAGAAUUCAUUCAUGGCGAUUUUGGACGAACGUCUCCUUGUUUGGCUAGUUUGGUUGAAGCAGACGUUGAUAUAUUUCGCCUUGACGUCAUUGGAAUAGACUUGGAUUGGCCUAAGCACAUAAAUAGUGUACCGCAUCCAGCCUUGAUGAUGGUAAUCAAUAGUAUAAACCCAAUUUCUAAAAAUCACGAAGCAAUCAGAGAAUCAGUUCUGAUUAAUGAUAAGAAAGAAGGCAUGUUACAUCUAGAAGAGAAUGGAAGUGAAAAAUCUAUUCCUGUCAAUAGUUGAUUCAUGAAAUGUAAUAUUUCUUAUGAAAUAAUCAUUUUUACCCGGGCAGUUUUUGUCAUCCUGACUCGAUGUUAUUGUUUGAUUAAUUAAAGACUCAGAAAUAUUGA